AUGAAUACCAAGGUCGCCGCCGACGAGUCAACAGAGCCCGAUAAGGACUCUUGGAAGGGGAGCUUUGCCAUUCCGGAGAACCAAGAGGAAUGGAACCUGCUGCAGAAGGCAGGGAAACUGACAAAGACUACUAUCAAUACACUCUCGAAAAUGGCGUCCGGCAGUAAGGUGUUUAGGAAGCAGUUUGUCACCUUUCGUGCCAUAUGGCCCUUCCCGCUCGAGACGACUAAGCUUCUGGAUUUCAAAGCUGACUACGGUCUUCAUACCACCUGGGAGCGUGCUGAGCAGAUUGCACAUAGUUCUGUGGAGCUUGCAAAGUACCUACAGCUCGUUAGCAGCAAGACUCCUUCAGGCACCCUCACCGAAGCUGACCCUCGCUGGGCCGGAUCCUUUAUGUCGGUCCUCCGGUACCAGGAAGAUUGUCUGGACGAAGUUCCAGGUACAAGCACAGGUCGGACGCGCAAGAGGGCAACACGACACCGCAUCCCCUGGAUGGCACGCAGCGAGCAAGCGGAUGACAAUAUGACGGAAUACCAAGCCACUGACGAGGCAAUUGUUAAUUCGGCCCUACUGCUAUACUUGGAGGCUGUCACAGCAUUGGCGGGGACUCUCUCUGUGAAAUGGACUAUUCGUCGUUUGACAUUUUCGCCUUAUUUCUCUGCUGGUCGUUUCAGAACGGUCACGGAUGGCGCAAUGGUUGAUAAGUUUGGAGAUCUGCCUCACGCUCUUGUUGAGGUGAAGAAAAAUUCUCUCGCCCAUACAGAGGAGAGCCGAAUUGCCAUACCAAUGCAAAUCACCGCUGAGAUUGUAGGGCUUCUAAGGAAGCAUGACACGACUUGUUUUCUGGAAGGACACCACCUUAUGGUAUCUCAGUUUGCCAACGAGAUCUUCUUAAUGUUUGCAAAGGCGCCAACUUCGUACAAGGGAUACCUUGACGUGGGAGUAGUUAAUCCCAAUGACUUUUUAGUCAUCCAGAAGUACUCCCCCUGGCGGGUGAAUAACGAGGAGGACAUGCAAUGUCUGGCCACGGUCAUUAUAUCUGUUUUUCGCUGGACCCUACAACACAUGGUGGGAUGUCUGAAAGUGGACUAG